GCCUUCAUCUAUCGGAUGAGCGCUUUAUUAACGAGCGAGUGUACAGCAGAAUCGAGAAGGCCUAUCCAAUCCCGUCGCAAUCUCGGGACAUUUGGCGGAGUUUUUUGUUCCGUGACACUAUCUCAAUUCAGCAGCGUUGUCUUUCUUCGUCUCGGUUUCGUGGUUGGCCAUGCUGGAUUAUUGCACUCAUUUCUACAAUUCUUUUUGGCUUACUUCAUCUUGCUGCUCACUGUGCUCUCUAUCUGCGCUAUUUGCACUAACGGCGCCAUUGAGGGUGGCGGAGUCUAUUUUAUGCUCAGUCGAACUCUGGGUCCGGAGUUUGGCGGUGCCGUUGGAACUCUCUUUUUCUUAGGGCAGGUUUGUUGCUCUGCCUUGUACAUCUCUGGAUUCGUCGAGGCCUUUGUUACCUAUUUCGGUCCUCAAGGUCUUUUGGUGGAUGGCGUUUUCCCAGCCGAUAACCGAUGGUGGAUCUACCUCUAUGCUACGUGUGUUACCCUGAUCUGCCUUGGUAUUUUACUCAUCGGCAGUACGAUGUUUGCCCGCGUUCUCUUUUUCAUUCUCAUUGUCGUUUUCGUGAUUAUUGCCUGUGCCUUCGCCAGCUUUUUCCGACACAGCUUUCCCGUCCCUGUGCCGCGAUCUAAUACUCUCCUUUACAACUCUUCGGUUCCGGAAAAUGUGACGAUCUACGCUGAAUUCACGGGCCUAAACCUGAGCACACUUGUGGGAAAUUUGCUGCCGAUGUACGUCAAAGAUUACAAUACGGGGAAGACGAUGUCUUUUGUGACCGUCUACUCUGUGCUCUUCUCCGGCGUCACUGGGAUCAUGAACGGCGCAAACGUGUCCGGUGAGCUCAAAAAUCCGGCACGCUCCAUCCCACUCGGUACUUUGGCUGCCUGCUUCACAACCUUUAUGAUCUACCUCAUUCUGGCCAUCUUCUCAGCAUCUUCCUGUAGCAGAGCGACAUUUUCACCAAUUGUGCAUAUUCGCAAUGCGCACAAGAGUAUUUUCCCUGGCAUUUUGAAGCCCAUGCGAGACGAAUGUCCCCUGGUUAUGAUUGUCAGCACCAUUAGCAACGACUAUGGUGCCCUCUGA